ACCAUUGACCUUCCCUAAACAAACAAUCCCCAAAAUUUUAUUUUCUUCUUCUCCCCCUGCAUUUUCCCGAGAAAAUUAUCCCUUUGCAAACAAAAUUUCCCAAGAAAUGAUACGAUCGGCGUGAAAAAACAAAAAAGCUCCAAUCGGGCGAGGCCCAGGACGAUGAGGUCGACCUAUGACCUUUUCUCAAACUUACAAAAUCGAAACCUUUCGUUUUUCAAUUCUUCAUGGAAAAUCAAGAACAACAAGACCGAAGCACAACCCUAAUUACGGACCCGAAGCAAAUCAAUGCAGCAGAAGGAAAUGCGAAAGUAAUUGAAUGGGAAGAUUUCGAGCAUGAGCUCGCUAGAUUCUGGAGUUUAACUUCUGCCCUUAAAGAAGCUAAUGAGAAGAAGCAAAGUCUUCAAGAAAAGCUCCAGUCUUUUAUUCAGGUCAAAACUGAGUCAUUGAAUCAACUGAAUGAGCUUGAGGAAAUGCGUGAGAGACUAGAGGCAAGAAAAUUAGUGAUUGGGAACAUGUCAAUGCGUUGCAAGCUUGCAACAGAGGAUGCUAAAAAACAGGAGGAAAUGCUUAGUACUGAAGUGAGAUCCUUGUUGGUUGCUGGUACCUCACUUUCUGUGGCAAGGAAGCGGUUGCAGGAAUCAAAUAGAUUACUCACUGAAGAAAGGGGUUACAUUAAGCUCAAAAAUGUGCAGAGAAAGCUUCGAGCUAGGCAACAAUAUAUGAUAUCACAAGUUUCAUUGCUCUACCCUGUAAAGAUCUUGGUUGGACCCGCACAAGAGCAAGAACUUGAAUCCUAUCCAAGCAGUAGUAGACUAGGGAAUUAUUCUGUAUCGAAGCCCAUUAAUCAAGGAUCCUUGACGAUUUUAGGUCUGCAUCUCACCAUGCUUCCUUUUACAAAGAUGAGUUUUUUCACUGACAAAAGGGAGGUUCAGAGAUCUGCAACUGCCUUAGGAUAUGUUGCACAUGGUGUUUCACUAAUUGCAUCCUAUUUACAAGUUCCCUUGCGUUAUCCUGUGCACUUGGGUGGUUCCCGCUCAUAUAUUAACGACUAUGCACCUUCAGUGGAGCCUACUUCUUCUGAUUUGUUAUGGGAUACAGCACUUUCUGUAAAUGUAAAGCCUGUAGAAUUUCCCUUGUUUUUAGAAGGUCAAGACACAACAAGAGCAGCAUAUGCUGUGUUCUUGUUAAACAAGGAUAUAGAGCAGCUUUUGAAUUUCAUCAGUGUCAAGAGUUUAGGACCACGACAUGUACUAGCAAAUUUGAAGGAGCUUCUGAGGACUGUCCAAUCUUCAGAAUUUAUAGAUACCUGAAUUUUGAUUUACUAGGGUCAACUGUAAUUAGCUACUUACAGUGUAAAUGGAUGACUUUGUAUUCUUUACACAGGUGCGAAUUUUUGAUCACGCACCUUUCAUAUAGCCUUUAAAGAUCUCAUAUUUGGUUGUUAAAAAUCAAGCUUCGAGUGUAUUCAUAAUGAGCAGAUGGUUUGGCGUUACAGUAAAAUUUGGGUAUGGAGGGUUUGCCCUAUGGAAA